GGCCCACUCGAUUCUAUGUCGCUUCACACACUCACCAGGUGCAACUCAACACACUUAUGCAAUUUCCAACGCCGCAACCUGAGCCGGCCACAUAUCCUUAGCUGCAAGGAUAGAAGCGGGGCAGAAGCGGCAACGAUGGCGGACCCUUUUGCGGUGCGCAUGCACUUCAGCUCUCAGCUACAGCACCUCAACGCCUCAGUCAACUCAGCACAAAAGGCUGCUCAGUAUGCGCUCAAGUACAGGGACAUGGACGAGGACCUACAUUCAUGCAUCCUAGAGCAAGUUGAGAAAAACAACAUGAAUACGCGGGCCAACAUCAUGUACUUCAUCGAGCACUUCUUGGACCUGGCAAAGGAGGGGCACGCAGACUACAUCCGCAUGAUGCAGCGUGACAUCAUACGCGUUGUUGAUGCCGUGGCCCCUGAUGACGGCUCAGGGGCCGCAAAUGUAAAGGUCGUUCGGAAAGUUCUGCAGGGUCUUCAAGGCAAGGGACACCUGGAAUCUCAGACCGUAACGCAGAUAGAGGACGUGCUGAAGGAGAGAGAAACCAACGACGAUGACCUGGGUCUCGCCUCGUCUCCCGUUGACGUUGAGAUGAUUGACAGACCGCAGUCGCAUUCGACCCCGAGAAACAGCAGACGGCCGGUGCCGCACAGGUUAGACAAGCGGCAGAUCGAACAGCGCAUCGAGGAGGACCGCGAGCGACACAAACGGGAGAGGGAGAGCAUCUGGGCCGUUCCCAGGGGCGACGACGCUGAACUGAACAAGCUGUGGGAAGAGACGAGCGAUUUCGGCGAAGACGACGAUCGACUGGUGACGGAAGAGGAGGAAGACUUUAUUAAGGAGAUGGAGCUGCAACAGUGUCCGCACAAGCAGUCGCUAGCAAACGGUCAACUGCAUUGAGUUGUGAGUCGGGGCAUGGUCAGAGGCAUGAUAUGGCGUUACGGCGCCAUUCUGUGAGUGUUUCGGCAAUAGGUUGGUUGGAAUACUGUUAGAUACCCAUGUAUGAUUUCGUUGUCGG